AUGGUUUUCUUCAAAGCAACUACUGGGCGUCCACCUGCUAAAGAGGGGACAGUAUCACCAACGAGCAGCCAUUCUUCCCAUCAAAUAUUGUCGGAUACCCUAGUACGAGUCCAACCAGGCCAAUACAGCCCUUUGGCUGCCAAGCUUUUGAUGCAGUUGGCGGGUUGGUCGUACUCGGACUUUGACACCUUUCAGGAUGAGGUUGCCAAUAAUAUUCUGGAGGAUCCUCACGAAAUGGAGAUGAUCAUGAUGCAAGUGAAGAAUCAGCCCAUGAUGGUACAAGCCACGGCCCAAAUGAUUCGAACCCGAGACAAGCGGGUAGCCAUUGUGGUCUUUCGUGGGACAGAACUGACCAACAUUGUGAAUUGGAUGACGGAUGCCAUUUCCAAGCAAACGGACUUUUACAAGCUACCAAAGAAGAACAUGUCGUCAUCGUGUGAGAAGGACUAUGUCAAGGUCCACACGGGGUUUCGGAACAACUUUGACAAAGUCUGGUUUGGAGACAGAGGAAUCCAAAGGCACCUUUUGAAUCCGGAACUGAUGCGUCACGAUUACGACUAUGAAACACCACGAGACCAACAAACGCACAUUCCAUCGGAACAGGACGAACUGGAAGCCAUUUACAUUUGUGGACACAGUCUCGGAGGCGCCAUGGCCUUUUUGGCUGGCUUGUACAUGGGUGCCUUGCUGAACAACCACAAUGACAAGCAACAGUCCAAUAAUACUCUAUUCUCGAAACUCCGUGGAGUCUACACGUAUGGCUCUCCCAUGGUGGUCAAUGACUGGGAUCGAAAUACUUGUGAACGAAUUUGUGGGCAUGUGACAUUCCGGCACGUCUAUUACAAUGACAUUGUCCCUCAUCUGCCACCGUUGAGCACGGGGGCGUUUGACCACGUCGGUUCCGAGUACCGAUAUCAUCCCCGGACAGGAUGGAGAAAACGCCAGGAAGAAAACUCAAUAGUAGAGUGGCAUGCAGGACGUUGUACCCAAGUUGUUUCCAUUGUCUUUACCACACCGUUUGCUGCCAUGGAUUGGGUCCUGGACCAAAUCAAUUGGCUCAACUUUUUCCGCGGCGAGUGUCGGGAUCUGCCCGUGAUUGGAUGGUUGUCUCGGGGGUAUUUGAAGCAAAUGUGGUCCUUUCUGGACCACAGUCCUAUUGGAUAUACAGAGUCCCUGGACCACCAACUGCGAGAAGAUGGUUCAAUAGAAUAUUGA